GCGCGGAGCGGGUUCCCUUGCUUUUGGAGCGUGUGGCGAGCGCGCCUGCCCCGCCAGACAGCGCCCUGCCCCGAUACAGGAUGAGCAACAACCAGUUCAACAAGGGACCCAGCUACGGCUUGUCGGCCGAAGUCAAGAACCGGGUAAGGGGUCCCGACGCGCGCCCCCUCGCCAAAUGCGUAAAUGCGCCCUGGGCGCACGGAGGGGCCGCUUUGGAGAGGCGCUGCCGCGAGCGCUCCGGGUUUAUUCCACCGCCGGAUUGCAUUUAUUGAAGGCAGUCUAGAAGCCACUUCCCGUCCCCCCCACAAGGAUCUCAAUGUGGGUCUUUGCCUCCCCCCCCCGAGUCCCCCAGCGCCGAUUCAAUCCCCACAACAACCUCGCGAGGUAGGCCGCUUUGGAGACGCGGCGCCGCGAGCGCAUCGGGUUCAUUCGACCGACGGGUUGCCUUUACUGAACGCAGGCUAGAGCCCUCUUCCCGCCCCCCACCCCAAGGAUCUCAAGGUGACGCAUGUGGGUCUCUCUCCCCUCCCCCGCUCCCCCAGCGGUGAUUCAAUCCCCACAACAACCUCGCGAGGUAGGACGCUAUGGAGAGGUGGCGCCGCCAGCGCUCCGGGUUUAUUCGGCCGACGGGUUGCCUUUGUUGAACGCAGGCUAGACCCCACUUCCCGUCCCCCCCACAAGGAUCUCAAUGUGGGUCUUUGCCUCCCCCCCCCAGAGCCGAUUCAAUCCCAACAACAACCUCGCGAGGUAGGCCGCUUUGGAGAGGUGGCGCCGCGAGCGCAUCGGGUGUAUUUGGCCGACGGGUUGCCUUUAUUGAACGCAGUCUAGCGCCCACUCCCCCCCCCCCCCAACAUACGCAUUUGGGACUCAAGGUGGCGUAUGUGGGUCUCUCUCUCUCCCCCCCCCCGCUCCCCCAGCGCCGAUUCAAUCCCCACAACAACCUCGCGAGGUAGGCCGCUUUGGAGAGGCGGCGCCGCGAGCGCAUCGGGUUUAUCCGACGGGCGGUUUGCGUUUAUUGAAGGCAGUCUAGAGCCACCACGCCCCCCACCCCGUCUCAAGGUGGCGUAUGUCGGUCUCUGCCCUCCCUCCCCCCAGCGCUGAUUCAAUCCCCAACACAACCUUGCGAGGUAGGCGGCUUUGGAGAGGCGGCACCGGGACCGCUCCUGAUUUAUUCGACCCACAAAUCGCAUUCAUUUAAUGCAGUCCAGAGCCCACCCCACCCCCGCCACCCCAAGGGACUCAAGGUGGCGUAUGUGGGUCUUCGCCCCACCCCCACCCCGCAGCACUGAUUCAAUCCCACACCAACCCUGCGAGCUAGGCAGCUCUGAAAACGCGGCUUUCUCCAUGAGCGUUCUGUUUUUAUUUAAUUUAUUUAUUACACACACACACAGGAUUUAUGUUAGGGGGGCAGGCUUUAUGUUGUGCGGGGAGGCAGAACCUCAGUUAAAUAUUUUUAUUGAGGGGGGGCAGCUAUGCCCAUGUGCACAUAGACAUAUCCGCAUUUUUCUUCCAAAGGGGCAACGUUUAUGGAUCAUUUAAUCCCAGCGACAACCCCGUGAGGUGGAGAAGUAGCGCGCUCUGGGUGCAUUUUAUUUUUAUUUAUUUCAUUUUUUUUCAAAAAAAUAUAUCUUUAUUAAUUUAAAACGAAUACAUUUAUUAAAAAAAGACAAACAAGUAAACAAACAUAGUCAAACAAACAAGUAGCAGAAGACUCAAACAAACCACCACACUAUAAGAUACAGCAAGAUUAAUAUAACUAUCAUCUUAUAUACUCCUGCUACUGAAAGCAAUUAUAAAACUUAUAGAGAAGAAAAUUAAAAACAACUUCUAAUUAAUCUCACAGUGCUUUUAUCUGUCCAUCCACAGUUACAUUUUUCUUAUAUAGUUUUUUUUUACCUCCCUACGAACUUAUAUUUAUACAAGUACUCUUUAAAGAAUAUUUAGAAAACUAUGAUAUAAAAGGAAACAUCUUGGCAGAAUUAGACCGAUCCUUGUAAUUUUUAUUUAUUUCAUACACACCAAAAUGUAUAUCCCAUUUAUUCAAAUAUUUAUAGCCUUCACUCUUCAUUAAAAAAUACAAAAAGGUUGUACAAGAAAGUUGCAGUGACUUUUCUGCCCCCCCCCAAAAAAGCUCAUUGGGGAAAAAUUAAUUAAUUUCCCAGGCCUGUCUGGGAGUAUCACAAGUUUUUGACGGAUGCCUGAAAGUGAAAGCAGGGAUGGUUCCUGUUGAAGGUUUACACUCCCAGAAUUGAAUCUCACAUGCCUCAUUCCCCCUUGCAGCCAACAUUGUGGUUGUAGAGUGUCAGGAGCCCUGGAUUCGAAUCUCUCCACUCCAGACGCAGAUCUCGCUUAUUUUGACCAGCCGCUAGGGCUCAGUCCCAGGGCUGCUGUGAGGAUCAAAACUGCGAAGAACUGUGUAGGCCAAGUUUGAGGUCUUUGAAGGAAAGGCGUUCAAAAAGGACAAGCAAAUAAUCAAAAAAAGCCCCCCAAGGUGCUAGUCCCUUGUGAAAUUGACCUGCAACUGGCCCUUCGCUUUUGUGAUGGUCUCCUUUUGCUUACCUCUGAGUAACUGGGCCUUUCAGUGAAAUAGGAUGGCUUCUCAGCUUUUGGCCUUGUAGCUGCAGAGUCUUUGAGACUGGAGCCGAGAAUCCCCGGUUUAAAUUAUUUGACUUGAUUUCGAUUAUUUGAUUUCUGUGUUGUUGUUGUUGUUGUUUAGUCAUGUCCGCCUCUUUGUGACCCCCUGGACCAGAGCACGCCAGGCCCUCCUGUCUUCCACCGCCUCCCACAGUUUGGUCAGACUCAUGCUGGUCGCUUCGAGAACACUGUUCCACCAUCUCGUCCUCUGUCGUCCCCUUCUCUUUGCACCCUCCAUCUUUCCCAAAUCAGGGUCUUUUCCAGGGAGUCUUCUCUACUCCUGAGGUGGCCAAAGUCUUGGAGCCUCAGCUUCAGGAUCUGUCCUUCCAGUGAGCACUCAGGGCUGAUUUCCUUCAGAAUGGAGAGGUUUGAUCUUCUUGCAGUCCAUGGGACUCUCAAGAGUCUCCUCCAGCACCAGAAUUCAAAAGCAUCAAUUAUUUGGCGAUCAGCCUUCUUUAUGGUCCAGCUCUCACUUCCAUACAUCACUACUGGGAAAACCAGAGCUUGAACUAUACGGACCUUUGUUGGCAUUUGAUUUCUGUACUGUUUGAUAUAUUUGGAAACAUCUCUAAGCAGUGUACAAAAACCAAGGCAACAGCAGACAGUUUAACAAAGUUACAGGUAGGUCGCCGUGUUGGUCUGCCAUAGUCGAAACAAAAUUAAAAAAUUCCUUCCAGUAGCACCUUAGAGGCCAACUAAGUUUGUUAUCGCUCAUACCAAUAACAAGCUUAAACAAAAUGUGACAAAAAUACAGAGCUACUGAUAAAAAGGUUACAUUAAUACAAGGUUGCUAAUACAUAAAAAUCUGUAGCAGUUCCUUUUGCUUUUGACAUACAGUAUGCAACCUAAAGCGUACGUAACCCGAGGUACCACUGUGCCUUCCUUCUCAGCCUUUGUUUCUUCACAAAUCCAAAUCUUUAAAACUCUUGCGGCAACCCAAUCGGACUGCUCCGAGAUUUUUAAUAUAUUUUUAAACGCGGUUAUUCGAAAGCAUCUCUGAACUGCUUUGAUAUUUGCAAAACAAUAGCAGGGAUGCAAAAAAAUAGAUCAUUUUUUAAAAAACAACAACAAAAAAUAAACCAGCUGUGGUCUAAACCACGGAGCCUCUUGGGCUUGCAGGUCGGCGGUUCGAAUCCCCGCGACGGGGUGAGCUCCCGUUGCUCGGUCCCAGCUCCAGACAACCUAGCAGUUCGAAAGCACACCGGUGCAAGUAGAUAAAUAGGUACCGCUCUGGCGGGAAGGGAAACGGCAUUUCCGUGUGCUCUGGUUUCCAGCACGGUGUCCCGUUGCGCCAGAAGCGGUUUGGUCCUGCUGGCCACAUGACCCGGAAAGCUGUCUUUGGACAAACGCCAGCUCCCUCUGCCUGAAAGCGAGAUGAGCACCGCAACACCAUAGUCGCCUUUGACUGGACUUAACUGUCCAGGAGUCCUUUACCUUUUUACUUCCGCUCCAUCACUUUGUCUCAUCCUCUUUUCAGAGCCGUCCAAGUUGGUGGCUGGAAUAAACUCCUUGGGUUUAUUUCUGACUUGACGCGUUGUCUUCCUCUUCGCCGGAACCUCUUGUCCAGCGCUCAAAAUCCCCCAGGCGUGUUUUGCUACUGACACGACUGCGGCGCGAUUUCUGGGUGCUAGGUUGGCGACUGAAGUUUCCCAUCAAGCCAGCUGACUCGCUGCAGUCCUCACCGUUGUUACAUGACCAUUAGGUCCAGUCGCGGCCGACUCUGGGGUUGCGGCACUCAUCUCGCUUUAUUGGCCGAGGGAGCCGGCGUACAGCUUCCGGGUCAUGUGGCCAGCAGGACUAAGCUGCUUCUGGCGAACCAGAGCAGCGCACGGAAACACCGUUUACCUUCCCGCCGGAGCGGUACCUAUUUAUCUCCUUGCACUUUGAUGUGCUUUCGAACUGCUAGGUUGGCAGGAGCAGGGACCGAGCAAGGGGAGCUCACCCCGUCAUUGCGGGGAUUCGAUCCGCCGACCUUCUGAUCGGCAAGUCCUAGGCUCUGUGGUUUAACCCACAGCGCCACCCGGGCAAGUUUAGCUGGUGUUAAAUACCACCUGUACAUCAUUUUCAUAACAUUUUCUUCAAGUGCACUACAUGCAGUAAAAUUAAUGCCUUCCUUCCACAACCUUCCCCAGGAUUCUAACUGAAUACAGUGGUACCUCGGGUUAAGUACUUAAUUCGUUCCAGAGGUCUGUUCUUAACCUGAAACUGUUCUUAACCUGAAGCACCGCUUUAGCUAAUGGGGCCUGCCGCUGCGCGAUUUCUGUUCUCAUCCUGAAGCAAAGUUCUUAACCUGAAGCACUAUUUCUGGGUUAGCGGAGUCUGUAACCUGAAGUGUAUGUAACCCGAGGUACCACUGUACUAUCUCCAAAAUCUUCAGCACAUUGUAUCACCGGGGUGCAAGGUUUUAGGGGGGCCGUGGCAGCGGCGAAGAGGGCACUGCCAACUUCUGAAACCUCUUGACCUUCUUGCCAUUGCCUGCCUCUCUUCUUCCUCGCUGCCACCGCGUGUGUGCUCUCUCUUGGGCAGAGAGGGCAAACGAUCCUCAGGAGAUUAAGGGGGCAAGGAAGCGCAUAGACUACUCAAAACUCCCAGGACGACCCUUACCUGUCCUGGUCGCAAAGACAAAUGGCCAAGGGUCUGGAACCAAGCCCUACAGGGCAGCGUUAGACGUCCCCCCAGGUGUGUUUUGCUACCGGCACAGGUCCAAUUGGAGAUUUCUGGGUGCCAGGUUGGCGGCCGAUAAUAAUACAGUGGUACCUCGGGUUAAGUACUUAAUUCGUUCCGGAGGUCCGUUCUUAACCUGAAAACUGUUCUUAACCUGAAGCACCACUUUAGCUAAUGGGGCCUCCUGCUGCCGCUGCACCGCCAUUGCACGAUUUCUGUUCUCAUCCUGAAGCAAAGUUCUUAACCUGAGGCACUAUUUCUGGGUUAGCGGAGUCUGUAACCUGAAGUGUAUGUAACCUGAAGUGUCUGUAACCCGAGGUACCACUGUAAUAAUAAAUUUUACAGUGGUACCUCGGGUUAAGUACUUAAUUCGUUCCAGAGGUCUGUUCUUAACCUGAAACUGUUCUUAACCUGAAGCACCACUUUAGCUAAUGGGGCCUCCUGCUGCUACCGUGCCACUGGAGCACGAUUUCUGUUCUCAUCCUGAAGCAAAGUUCUUAAUCCGAGGUACUAUUUCUGGGUUAGCGGAGUCUGUAACCUGAAGCAUAUGUAACCUGAAGCGUAUGUAACCCGAGGUACCACUGUAUUAUUAUCUCCGCCAAGCCAGUCGACUCACACACAAGUCCUCCAUCGUCUCAGCAAGGAAAGUUAAGAGCAAGGCGGAGAGAGCAGAGGCGUUUGGCCUGUAGUUCGAAACGGAAUUCGCAAACGGUUUAAAAAACCUCUGCCCCAGUCCUUAGUUAAUGCCAUUUACGUUUCUUCUGCAUGUUUCUCCUCCUCCUCGCAGACUGGGACUAAGUGAAUUGUUGUCGGAGCAAGCUAAAGUCGAGCUGAGAUCACAGAAUCGUAUAAUCUGUGGAAAGGGUUCCAAGGGUCAUCCAUCCCAACCCCAGGGUGAAUAGGCAUUCGAGGUGCCACGUUCGGUGCCUGGCUUAUACAGGUGAAACUCGAAAAAUUAGAAUAUCGUGGGGAAGUUCAUUGAUUUCAGGAAUUCAACUUGAAUGGUAAAACUAAUAGAUGAGAUCGACUCGUGACAUGCAAAGCGCGAUGUGCUUCUGCUUCUCAGAGGUCCAAUCUUGCUCGAUUUGCAAUCCUUGUUUUGCUGAUUUCCUUGAAUGUUCUAAAUUUCUGAGAUGGUUAAUUUGGGGUUUUCACCAGUUAUACGCCAUGAUCAUCACAAUUAUCACAAAUCAAGGCUUGACAUAUCUCGCUUUGCAUGUCACGAGUCUGUCUCAUAUAUUAGUUUCACCUUUUAAGUUGAAUUCCUGAAAUCAAGGAACUUUCCCACGCUAUUCUAAUUUUUCGAGUUUCACCUGCAUAUCUGUGGUUCUGACACUGCUCUGACCCCUUUUAACUAUGAAUUCUUGCAAAUCCUAGAGCUGCGCUCGGUUCCUCGGUUUCCUCCCGCCCACUCCCAGUUGCUUCAGUCUGGUGUUGUUCUGGCUGCGUCCCAGAAACUCUGCCGUUCCUGGGAACAAAUUUUUGUUUUCGUUCUGGAGUCUCGUCAGAGCCAUCCGAUCGUGCUGAGACUUGGAAAAGUCUAGAAGGAAUUCCCGUUUUUCCACCCUGUGCGAUUCCACCAUAGGGCAGCGAGCGUGUGUUGAUUUAAUCCCUGCGUUCUGGGUGCAAAUUGCAGGUCGCCCUGUUAACCAAAAAAGCUCGAGAGAAAGCUGGUUAAUGCGGCAGCAAACCCGCGCUUUUAACCCGUGUGAAAAGUUAUGCAGACUAUCUAACUCCUCAGCCCAAGGAGGCCUCCAAAAUCACCAAGUCUUUUAAUUUUUUGAGAAGACGAGGCGUAAAAGGAAAAUGGACGAGGAGGGCGGAGGAAGUAAACAAACUCAGAUUCGAGUCUUCAGUGAAGUAAGCUGCUGUAAUGAGCAGCUGGGGUGGAGGGAUUGAAGGAGAUGAAAUGUCGGACGUUGCGGAUCUCUCACCUAGCACUAGGUAAAGGUAAAAGGACCCCUGACCAUUAGGUCCAGUCGUGACCGACUCUGGGGUUGCUGCGCUCAUCUCGCUUUACUGGCCGAGGGAGCCGGCGUACAGCUUCCGGGUCACGUGGCCAGCAGGACUAAGCCGCUUCUGGCGAACCAGAGCAGUGCACGGAAACGCCGUUUACCUUCCCGCCGGAGCUGUACCUAUUUAUCUACUUGCACUUUGACGUGCUUUCGAACUGCUAGGUUGGCAGGAGCAGGGACCGAGCAAGGGGAGCUCACCCCGUCAUUGCGGGGAUUCGAUCCGCCGACCUUCUGAUCGGCAAGUCCUAGGCUCUGUGGUUUAACCCACAGCGCCACCUGCACCUGCCCGAAAUUACGAAUAGAUCUAGAUAUUGCAGACAGGUUGCAGUUUAUUUAUCUUUUUCAGCGGGAUUUUAGCAGCUAUCUGCAUGGAGACUGGCCUUUGAGAACAUUGCCUGUUGCGAAAGUAUUUUUUUCAAAUCAAGGACAAGGCCAAAUCUGGAAAGAGGCAAUCUAUUGAAAAGGCUGGAGGGGAGUUUCCACGCUCCGGCAAUUUUGGUCUUCUCCCAAACUGUGGUUUUGUGCGUGUAAGCAAAUCUGAAUCAUUGCCAUCCAAGUGUAUCUUGUUCCACUUCCUCAUGAGUCGCUCAUCUAGCAGCGCGGAGACAUUGGAACAGCAAUAGACAGGGGCUGGUGACUUGUGUCUGACACAGGCAUCCGCUGAGUUCCUGGGAAAGGCGAGAUUUGAACCCGGAACCUCUGGACCUAGCGGCUGGUUUGGGUCCUGACUUUUCCCACCCGGGUCGCUAUUUAUUUUUAUUUUGUGCCGCUCGUGGGAAUCGCUCCCUCAACUUUAUUUCAGCCAGUGCUUUUUUUUUUCUUUUUAAAAAAAUGUUUAGGGGCUACUCUCAUUUUGACUCGAGAAAAUCACCAAUCCCCUGCAAAACAAUGAGAGCGCACAUCUGAAAGGAACUCUUCUCUUUUUCUCAGACCAAGAAUCGGAGCCUCUGGCUUCCUCGUGGCAGCUGUUGCGACCCCUGCCUGCCCUUUUCUGUCUGUUCCCCCUCUGUUUUUUUUAAAAAAAUAAUAAUUAUUAUUUUCAGUAGAUAAACAAACAAACAAACAAAUAAAUAAAUAAAUAAAGACCAAACCUCUCCAUUCUGAAGGAAAUCAGCCCUGAGUGCUCACUGGAAGGACAGAUCCUGAAGCUGAGGCUCCAAGACUUUGGCCACCUCAUGAGAAGAGAAGACUCCCUGGAAAAGACCCUGAUGUUGGGAAAGAUGGAGGGCACAAGGAGAAGGGGACGACAGAGGACGAGAUGGUGGGACAGUGUUCUCGAAGCUACCAGCAUGAGUUUGACCAAACUGCGGGAGGCAGUGGAAGACAGGAGGGCCUGGCGUGCUCUGGUCCAGGGGGUCACGAAGAGGCGGACACGACGAAACGACUAAACAACAACAUUUAUUCAAAUUUCUUCCAGUCUUCUUGAUGUUCCUCUUCUUUCUGGUCGCGGAUUCUCCCGGUGAGAUCAGCCAGCUCCAUGAACUCCAUCAUCUUCAUCUGCCAUUCUUCAAUUGUUGGUAGUUCUUGUGUUUUCCAUUUUUUGGCAUACUGUCUGUUCCCCCUCUGGCUUGGGCGCGGAAUGCGGCUGACGAGGAAGAGAAUCGCUGAGCCAUUGGGCGGCGAGAGUCUCCUUUCAAAAUGUGCUGAUGGGUCAGGAACAGGGUGCCCUUUCGUUGCAAGCCAACCCGGUUUGCAAGUGGCGGGGGCAACGCUUCGCGUGCUUGAUGGCGCCGCGUAACUGACCCCUAAGCGUUCCCCGAGGACCUGGGCGGCUCGGGUAAUACGGGCAUCAGCUAAGGAACUGGAGAGACUUGCCAAAGGGCACGCAACUCAAGUCUGCGUCAAAGCCAAGAGCUUUUUUCACUUGGCACCUUUGUUUUCGUGAGGGUUUAGCUCAGUUGGCAGAGACUCUUAAACUCAGGCUCCUGCGUUCCCCCUCUUUUCUUUUUCCUUCUGUACUGGAACUCCUAUUUGGGGACUUCCCUGGCUUUUUUCUGGCCCGUGUAGGACCAGUCUGGAUAGUUGGCCUUGGUGAAGAUUUGACGUUUUCUUUUUUAAUAUAUUUUUUAUUAGGGUUUCCAUAUUUUAUUACAUUUCAGGAUCAAAAAAUAACUUAAGACAUUGCUUAAAUAAAGCAUCAACUCCUUCCUUCCCUCUAACUUCCGGAAUGGAUUAAGUUCGUAAACAAAGUAAGGGACCCCUGACCGUUAGGUCCGCUCGUGGACGACUCUGGGGUUGUGGCGCUCAUCUCGCUUUACUGGCCGAGGGAGCCGGCGUACAGCUUCCGGGUCAUGUGGCCAGCAGGACUAAGCCGCUUCUGGCGAACCAGAGCAGCGCACGGAAACGCCGUUUACCUUCCCGCCAGAGCGGUACCUAUUUAUCUACUUGCACUUUGACGUGCUUUCGAACUGCUAGGUUGGCAGGAGCAGGGACCGAGCAACGGGAGCUCACCCCGUCAUUGCGGGGAUUCGAACCGCCGACCUUCUGAUCGGCAAGUCCUAGGCUCUGUGGUUUAACCCACAGCGCCACCCGCGUCCCUAUAGCUUGUUUAGCUUAUACGUAAAUCUGGCGCUGCCCAAAUCUCGUCUUCUGAGCGUCUCUACAGACACCCUGAAAGUUGGCACAGAUGCCAGAUCUGUUUGUAAGAUGUGCCAGGUUAUAUAACAAGACAGUUUCUGUCUCGUGCCAGGGCUGCAGGGAUAUGGACCUCUGUGGCUGGAUCAGGCGUGUUUUUCUUCAUAGCGGCGGGUCUUAUUUUUUGCCCAAAUAGCAAAGUUUCAAAUUUUCUUGAGGCCGAGAAACGACCCCGAAAGGAACAAGGAAGGAUGCAACUUCUUUGCCAAGAAGGUCUGGCCACACACCUCUCCUUGUUUCUUGCUCAUUCAGCAGGAAGUUGAGACAUGCCGCUAGCUUGUGGCAUCAGGCUUGCCCUGUUCGUCCAGGUUAUUAUGGGAUUUCUUCAUUCUCUCUGGGUUUUUUCUUUUCUUUCUUCUUUUGUAACUGGCAAGCACAUUGGGGCGAGAAAGGCUUUUGAUGACGCAAGCGCCCAAACUCAUAAUUGUCCAGGGGAAGGGCUGGAGCUUGGUGCUAUAGAGCGUGCCGGUCCUGAGUUCGAAUCUCAAAGUAUCCCCCUGAGUCUGCAAUCCUGGGGAGCUGCUGUUGCCAGCCAGCGUAGCCAGAGAUUCUCAAUCUUUCCCAGUCGACGGCUCCCUUGACUUAACUUCCUUUUCUCCUGUAGCUCCCCUGUGAGAAAAUGGGGAAAAACUUAAGUUUCUUCGUCGCUGAGCUGUUUUGUGUUUUUGUUUUCUUUUCCCAGGCUUAUAAGCAGAACUUUGAAAAGGGUUUUAAAUACAGUGGUACCUCGGGUUACAGACGCUUCAGGUUACAGACUCCACUAACCCAGAAACAGUGCUUCAGGUUGAGAACUUUGCUUCAGGAUGAGAACAGAAAUCAGGCUCCGGCGGUGCAGCUAAAGUGGUGCUUCAGGUUAAGAACAGUUUCAGGUUAAGAACGGACCUCCGGAAAGAAUUAGUACUUAACCCGAGGUACCACUGUAGUAGGGACGUGGGUGGCGCUGUGGGUUAAACCACUGAGCCUAGGGCUUGCCGAUCAGAAGGUCGGUGGUUCGAAUCCCCAUGACGGUUAAGUACGGACCUCUGGAACGAAUUAAGUACUUAACCUGAGGUUUCGCUAUAGAUAGAUAGAUAAAUAGAUAGAUAUAGAUAGAUAGAUAGAUAGAUAGAUAGAUAGAUAGAUAGAUAGAUAGAAAGAAUGGUUCAUAGCCCUGCUAAAUGUUGCUUUUGUAAGUUGGGGGAAAUGGAAGCAAGUUUAAAUAAUAACACAGUCAAACCUUGUUUUGCGGACGGGAUCCGUUCUGGAGGCCGGUCCGCAAGCGGAAAAUGGACGCACGUCUGGAGAACCAUGAUGGAGAAAAAGGAGAUAGAUAAAUGCAAGGAAUAAGCUCUUUCUGGUUCCCUGCUUAAGAAAGAUGGAGUGGCCAGAAAGAUAGAAACGUCCAUUGCCAACCUGGUGCCCAGAGAUCUCCACACGGUCACAACUGGACCCUCACCAGUUAAAAAAUACAAGGCAUGACUGGAAUGUUCACUGAAAUCGGACAGCGAGAAAUAUUUGAACAUUUGUUGUUGUUUAGUCAUGUCUGCCUCUUAGUGACCCCCUGGACCAGAGCACGCCAAGCCCUCCUGUCUUCCACUGCCUCCUGCAGUUGGGUCAAACUCAUGCUGGUAGCUUCGAGAACACUGUCCCACCAUCUCGUCCUCCGUCGUCCCCUUCUCCUUGCGCCCUCCAUCUUUCCCAACAUCAGGGUCUUUUCCAGGGAGUCUUCUCUUCUCAUGAAGUGGCCAAAGUCUUGGAGCCUCAGCUUCAGGAUCUGUCCUUCCAGUGAGCACUCAGGGCUGAUUUCCUUCCGAAUGGAGAGGUUUGAUCUUCUUGCAGUCCAUGGGACUCUCAAGAGUCUCCUCCAGCACCAGAAUUCAAAAGCAUCCAUUCUUUGGCGAUCAGCCUUCUUUAUGGUCCAGCUCUCACUUCCAUACAUCACUACUGGGAAAACCAGAGCUUGAACUAUACAGACCUUUGUUGGCAAGGUGAUGUCUCUACUUUUUAAGAUGCUGUCUAGGUUUGUCAUUGCUUUUCACCUCCGUACAUAAUUGUAAUUUUGUGGGUUUCCAAUGCCGGUUGCACGUUCGGAUAUUUCUCGCUGUCUGAUUUCUGUGACCAUUCACCAAACUUUCCGGUUGCACCUUGUACGUGACUUGAUUUCUAACACCAUUGGCCAGCCCUUAGGAAGUGCGCUUUGUGGGAUUUUGAACCUGUUUCUCAUCUCUCUUCCCCUCCAGCUUGCGCUGAAAUACGACCCUCAGAAGGAAGCAGAAUUAAGGACAUGGAUAGAAAGCAUCACCGGAAGAGACAUCGGCCCCGAUUUUCAGAAGGGGCUGAAAGACGGUGUUGCACUUUGCGAGUGAGUAGCCACGUGUGUUUCAUGCGUGGUAUAUAUUUUUUAAAAUUUCAUUUUAUAACGGAUGCAGGUGAGCCAAGGGACCCGGGUGGCGCUGUGGGUUAAACCACAGAGCCUAGGGCUUGCCGAUCAGAAGGUCGGCGCUUCGAAUCCCCAUGACGGGGUGAGCUCACGUUGCUCAGUCCCUGCUCCUGCCAACCUAGCAGUUCGAAAGCACGUCAAAGUGCAAGUAGAUAAAUAGGUACCGCUCCGGCGGUAAGGUAAACGGCGUUUCCGUGCGCUGCUCUGGUUCGCCAGAAGCGGCUUAGUCCUGCCGGCCACAUGACCCAGAAGCUGUACGCCGGCUCCCUCGGCCAGUAAAGCGAGAUGAGCGCCGCAACCCCAGAGUCGGCCACGACUGGACCUAAUGGUCAGGGGUCCCUUUACCUUUACCUAAGAUUGUCUUCCAUGAACACGGUCUUAACAGGUAGGUAGCCGUGUUGGUGUGCCGUAGUCGAAACAAAAUUAAAAAAUUCCUUUCAGUAGCACCUUAGAGAUCAACUAAGUUUGUUAUUGGUAUGAGCUUUCGUGUGCAUGCACACUUCUUCAGAUAUGGUCUUAACCGUGAGUCCGUAAGUGACUGGGGAGGCCAAUUCUGGAUCCACACGUCUUUCCACAGUGGGGACAUUGGUUCCCAGACGGCAGUUGAUCCCGGUGAGGGUUUGCCAAGCGUGCCUUCCUCUUAGUGCGUUUCCCCCUCUCGUCCUGAGUUCGAGUGUCUUCAAAGCCCAUGACGCCUUUGGUAAAGGCUGUUCUCCACCUGGAGCGCUCGCAGGCCAGUGUUUCCCAGUGGUCGGUGUUUAUACUACAUUUUUAAAGAUUUGCCUUGUCUUUGAACCUCUUUUGUUGACCACCAGCAUUAUGCUUUCCAUUUUUAAGUUCGGAAUAGUGGAGUCGCUUUGGAAGACGAUAGUCAGGCAUCCGAACAACAUGACCGGUCCAACGAUGUUGACGUUGGAGAAUCAUCGCUUCAAUACACCAGCUGACUCGCUGGCAUAUUUGUAACGAUAGGAAGAAUGGUUGAAAAACCGUUCUUUAGUUAAUUGGGAAAAAUCCUGCUCCUGCCCAACAUGGCGUUGAAACCUUACAUGUGUGUGUGUUUCUGUUCUCUCUCCCCAGGCUAAUGAACAAACUUCAGCCGGGUUCGAUAAGGAAAAUUAAUCGCUCAGGCCUCAAUUGGCACCAGGUAUGUUCGAUACGAAUUUGAUACGAUUAAGGGAUUUUAUUCUUUUUUAGGGAGGUGGCUUCAGGAAUGCCUUUAAGGCUGACCUGUGUUCUGGGGGCAAGGGAAGCAUACAGUGGUCCCUUGGUUCUCAAACUGAAUCCGUUCUGGAAGUCCGUUCCAAAACCAAAGCGUUCCAAAACCAAGGCGCGCUGCUUUCCCAUAGAAAGCAAGGCAAAACAGAUUAAUCCGUUCCAGGCUUUUAAAAACAACCCCUCAAACAGCAAUUUAACAUGAAUUUUACUAUCUAAUAUGACCAUUGAUCCAUAAAAUGCAUAAAUCAAUGUAAGGUAAAGGGACCCCUGACCAUUAGGUCCAGUCGUGGCCGACUCUGGGGUUGCAGAAGAUUUGAACUGCCGACCUUCUGAUCGGUAAGCCCUAGGCUCUGUGGUUUAACGCUCAGCACCACCCGCGUCCCAUAAAUCAAUGUACUGUACUAUAAAAUAAUUAAGACCGUAUUGUAGAUGACAAAAGUAAAAACUAUUUUUUUCCCUUACCCACACUGAUGAUAGUCAUUGUUUGCAUGGGGGGCUUUUAUCCAUUUCCGCAGUCACACAAUCAAUCAAUCAGUAGCUGAACUGGGUUCCACACAGUCACAAAAGCAAAUGAACUGAAAAAGCCACAAAAACGCAAAAUAAAGAGCAAACACAAAAGUGCCAAACUUAAUCCGUUCCGGAAGUCCGUUUGACUUCCGAAAUGUUCGGAAACCGAGGCACGGCUUCUGAUUGGCUCAGGCACCCCAGAAACAAUAGCCGACAGCUGCAUCGGGCGUUCGGCUUCUGAAAAAGGUUUGAAAACCGGAACACUCACUUCCAGGUUUUCGGCGUUUGGUAACCAAGGCAUUUGGGAACCAAGGCAUUUGGGAACCAAGGCGUUUGGUAACCAAGGCGUUUGGGAACCAAGGCGUUUGGGAACCAAGGCGUUUGAGAACCAAGGCAUUUGGUAACUAAGGCAUUUGAGAACCAAGGUAUUUGGUAACCAAGGCAUUUGGUAACCAAGGCAUUUGAGAACCAAGGCAUUUGAGAACCAAGGCAUUUGGGAACCAAGGCAUUUGAGAACCAAGGCAUUUGAGAACCAAGGCAUUUGGGAACCAAGGCAUUUGGUAACCAAGGCAUUUGAGAACCAAGGCAUUUGAGAACCAAGGCAUUUGGGAACCAAUGCAUUUGAGAACCAAGGCAUUUGAGAACCAAGGCGCUUGAGAACCAAGGUACCACUGUUUUUACAAUCUGCCAACCUCCACCUUGGUACUUAUAUUGGGGGUGAGCUCUGCCCCUUCCGGAAACGGACCGAUAAUACCCAACGGGAACCCCAGACGAUUUAGAAGGAAUCCCCUCAUUUUGUGAGAAGGGGCUUCUAGGGGUCGCCAGCCUUGACCCGGCUGCCCUUUCCUUCGGCAGCUUGAGAACCUCUCCAACUUCAUCAAAGCCAUGAUGAGCUACGGCCUGAAGCCCGUUGACGUGUUCGAAGCCAACGACCUGUUUGAGAACGGGAACAUGACGCAGGUCCAGGUGUCCCUGUUGGCGCUGGCGGGCAUGGUGAGUCAAGCUUGCGCAACCGGGCGCCUUCUAGGGGCUGAUCGACAGUGCCCAGUGCCCCAUGGCCUCUCUGGGGAGGCUGAUUGGCUGGGCUGGGCCAGGGUGGGGGUGGCUGAUUGGCUGUGCCACAGAAUGGGGUGGCUGAUUGGCUGGGCUGCACUGGGGGGUGGGUGGCUGAUUGGUUGUGUUGCAGAAUAGGGUGGCUGAUUGGCUGUGCCACAGAAUGGGGUGGCUGAUUGGCUGGGCUGCACCGGGGGGUGGGUGGCUGAUUGGCUGUGUUGCAGAAUAGGGUGGCUGAUUGGCUGUGCCACAGAAUGGGGAGGCUGAUUGGCUGGGCUGUGCCAGAGUGGUGGCGGCUGAUUGGUUGUGCCACACAAAGGGGUGGCUGAUUGGCUGUGCUGCAGAAUAGGGUGGCUGAUUGGUUGCAUCACACAAUGGGGUGGUUGAUUGGCUGGGCUGCACCAGGGUGGUAGUGGCUGAUUGGCUGGGCUGCACUGUCGGGAUGGCUGAUUGGCUAGGCUGUGCCAGGGUGGUGGCAGCUGAUUGGCUGCACCACACUGGGGUGGCUGAUCGACUGGUCUGCACCAGCAUGGUAGUGGCUGAUGAAAAAUUUAACUCUUUCCGUACAGUCUUAUUUAUUUGCUCCAGGGCUUUCUUCCAAAACUUAGUGGGUAAAGAACCCUGUAAGAAAUUUAAUUCCUAGCCUAUGGUGUUUUUAAAAUAUAAAUUCCUUAAUAUUCAGUUUGGUAGCUCCAGGCUUGUCCUGAAUAAUUCUUUGCAAGGAUGUGGCAAGAGGCGGCCGGCAAUACACCCAAAGAGCUACCGUAUUUUUCACCCUAUAAGACGCAUCAGACCACAAUAUUCUGAAUCUCAGAAGCCAGAACAGCAAGAGGGAUCGCUGCGCAGCGAAAGCAGCGAUCCCUCUUGCUGUUCUGGCUUCUGGGAUAGCUGCGCAGCCUGCAUUCGCUCCAUAAGACGCACACACAUUUCCCCUUACUUUUCAGGAGGGAAAAAGUGAGUCUUAUAGAGCAGAAAAUAUGGUAUGUUAAGUAAAUGUGGAAGACUCUUCCCGUAGGAAGAGUCCCUCCCCUCUGUUUGCAGAGUCUAUUCCUCAUGGGCCAUGAGGACUAGAGACUUGCGGAGACGCAAUCAAAAUCUGCAGAGGUUUUAAGCCAGUUUUGAGACUGACCGGGCGAGGUUUGCUUUAAGGUGCUUCUACUCCCCCUCCCAGGCCAAGACGAAGGGGAUUGACAGCGGAGUCGACAUUGGUGUGAAAUAUUCCGAAAAGCAGGAGCGGUGCUUUGACGACGCGAAGCUGAAAGCCGGACAGUGUGUCAUCGGUUUGCAGGUAGGUGAUGCUGUUGCCGCCAGAGCCCAGCAAUUACCUGGAGGUUUCCUCCUAAGCGAGCCAGCAAUAAAUCACACUGACCGAGCUGGAGUUCAACUCUUUACAGUGGUACCUCGGGUUAAGUACUUAAUUCAUUCUGGCGGUCCGUUCUUAACCUGAAACUGUUUUUAACCUGAAGCACCACUUUAGCUAAUGGGGCCUCCUGCCACCACCGCACAAUUUCUCUUCUCAUCCUGAAGCAAAGUUCUUAACCCGAGGUAAUAUUUCUGGGUUAGCGGAGCCUGUAACCUGAAGCGUCUGUAACCCGAGGUACCACUGUAUUAGCAAGAACACGGAUUUGCACAGACUUGGUGGACUGUCCGGCCUAAUGAACAUCAGCUCAUCCCUGGGAAGUCUGGCCUCAUGGAUAAUAAUAAAGGUAAAGCGACCCCUGACCAUUAGGUCCAGUCGUGGCCGACUCUGGGGUUGCGGUGCUCAUCUCGCUUUAUUGGCCGAGGGAGCCGGCGUUCAGCUUCCGGGUCAUGUGGCCAGCAGGACUAAGCCGCUUCUGGCGAACCAGAGCAGCGCACGGAAACGCCGUUUACCUUCCCGCCGGAGUGGUACCUAUUUAUCUACUUGCACUUUGAUGUGCUUUCGAACUGCUAGGUUGGCAGGAGCAGGGACUCUCAAAAGUCUCCUCCAUAGCUUUGACUAUACGGACCUUUGUUGGCAAGGUGGUGUCUCUGCUUUUAGCCGUAGUAACUCCCAAACCUCUCCGGUUUCAGAUGGGCACCAACAAAUGCGCCAGCCAGUCUGGGAUGACCGCCUACGGAACCCGGAGACACCUCUACGACCCCAAAAACCAGAUCCUACCUCCGAUGGACCAUUCCACCAUCAGCCUCCAAAUGGGAACAAACAAAUGCGCUAGUCAGGUGAGGACAGUUGCCGCAUAAUUGUGCCAAUUCCACGUCGGUAAGAACUCUGAUCUUUGGAACUCCCUGCCAAUUGAUACCAGGCGGGUGACUUUUGCUGUAUUCUUUGCUAAAAAAAAUUAAUAAUUAUUGUCCAGUCAAGACUACCUGGGUGUUUAAAAAGUGGGUGCGGGUUUUAUUUUUUUGCCAGUUAAUUUUUUUUUAUUGCUUUCCAAAAUAUUUUAACCAAUUGACAUCAGAUUGAAUACGCAUUUAAAAGUUGACUUCCCCUGCUUUGAUGUUUCACCACCCAGCCCUUAUUUGCUGCUCGAUAUUCCAUAGAUUUCCAAAUUACAUUUUUAAAAAAUGUACCUCGGUUUUCGAGUGUCUUGGAAGCCAAAUUUUUCGGUUUUCGAACCCUGAAAACCCGGAAGUAAUUGCAUCCGUUUUCCAACCCGUGACAGCCUAACUGUGCAGGAACCUGUCUAUAAAAUUGCUCUAAACUGAUUAAUUGUUUAAGCUCAUCGAAGGUUCUAACUUUACUCGCUUCCACCCACCUGUCCAGAGCUUUAUUCGGUUCCCGAGUUGGGCAUAAAUCUCUGCCGGUUUUCUUCUAAUAUCAUGGAAGGGCUUUUGGCUCCGUUCUGCAGUCAAGACCAGAGCACACUUUAGCUCUCUCUUAAAAUGUGAAGUAAUCGGAGGUUUCAUCCUCUCUGAGAUCUGAGUCUAUUUCGCUCAAAAUUCCACAUAUCUGUGGGCAAAAGUACAGCACCCAGUUUUCCUCAGAAAUGUUUAAAUCUUUAGAAGUCUGUUCAAAACUAAAUAGGAAUGCCUGCACAUCAUCACCUUUUAUAUACUUCGGAAACCUCUUUUUUAUUAUUUUUUUGAUAUAAUUUUUCCAUAUUUCAUUACAUUUCCAUAUCAAAAAUCAAAAAAUCCAUAACUAAGCAUUGCUUAAAUAAAGCAUCGACCUCCUUCCCUCCCUCUUAACAGACUUCCACACAACUUUACCAAUUUCUUCACAUUCCUAUAUCCACUUUUUUACCUUAUAAAUCAAUCUUACUUCGGAAGCCUCUUAAUAUUAGCGGAGGUAAAAUCUUUGCUGGUCCAGCAAAACCAACUUUUUUGUCACGCAAGGUGUUCGAGAACCAAGGCACAACGGUAGUUAAGUUUUUUACCUCUACCUUCAUUGCUGUGGCUAGUGGCUGAUGUAAAUAAAUAGUCUUCUGUUUCCGCUAUCGCCCUUAACACUCUUUAACGGUGUUGUGCAUACGAACUCAAAUUCUUCCUCUUUUCUUUUUAAUACUUCCCUCCCCGAUCAGGUGGGGAUGACGCAGAAUAAUCCACUUAGCCCACAAAGGUGAAAAACAAACUUAGUCCAUCCUCAGGUGUUCUACAUGUAAGGUAAAGGUAAAGGGACCCCUGACCAUUAGGUCCAGUCGUGUCCGACUCGGGUUGUGGCGCUCAUCUCGCUUUACUGGCCGAGGGAGCCGGCAUACAGCUUCCGGGUCAUGUGGCCAGCAGGACUAAGCCGCUUCUGGCGAACCAGAGCAGCGCACGGAAACGCCGUUUACCUUCCCGCCGGAGUGGUACCUAUUGAUCUACUUGCACUUUGACGUGCUUUCGAACUGCUAGGUUGGCAGGAGCAGAGACCGAGCAACGGGAGCUCACCCUGUGGCAGGGAUUGAAACCGCCAACCUUCUGAUCGGCAAGGCCUAGGCUCUGUGGUUUAACCCACAGCGCCACCUGCGUCUACAUGUAAACAUUAGUCCAAAUUCACAAAAAAGAACUAUAAUCAAUUUCAGUAGUUAGACCUCCUCCUGCUUCCGCUAUCACCCACUCUAACACUUAACGGUGUUGUGCAUACGAAUAUGAGCUCAAAUUCUUCCUCUUUUCUUUUUUAAUAUUUCCCUCCCCGAUUAGGUGGGGAUGACGGCUCCGGGAACGAGGCGGCACAUCUACGAUUCGAAGCUGGGGACGGACAAAUGUGACGACAGCUCCAUGUCUCUGCAGAUGGGCUACAACCAGGGAGCCAACCAAAGCGGGCAGGUUUUCGGCUUGGGGCGCCAAAUCUACGACCCCAAGUACUGCCCCCAGGGCAAUGCCGGCGAGGCGGCCAACGCAGCGCAUAACGACGGGAAUUCGGCGGAAUAUUACUACUACCAGGAAGGAGAGGAGCAAUGAGCCUGGGGAAUUGGGGGGGUGGGUCCCCCUCCGAUUUCCCCCUCCCCGGCAAAUCACCAUUGUACAGUUCCUGCCUCUUAAUUGCCACAGAUACUGCAAUCUUUCCAUAUUUGCGACUUUAAAAAGCAUGAGAAUCUUUUCUCCGCGUAGCAGAGAUGAAAACAGGCUCCCUCAACUUCGGCCCUCCAGAUGUUUUGGGACUACAACUCCCAUCAUCCUUAGCUAGCAGGACCAGUGGUGAGGGAUGAUGGGAAUUGUAAUCUCAAAACAUCUGGAGGGCCAAGGUUGCGGAAGCCUGGAACAAAACAAAGGUCUUCUUCCGUUUGUUCUUUUUUUAAGAAAGUGAGUCUAUGUGGGCCCAGAUCUAAGGCUUUGUUUACACCACCAACCCGCCAGAUCUCUUGAAAUCUCGAGAUUCUGGAUUUAAUACGCCACCAGGGUGCAGAGAUGUCCAAGCGGUCGGCCGCGAUCGACAGGCAGAUCCCAGGGAGAUCUGGGUCGAUCGCGGGAUCGUGACCGAUCGCUGUAUGGGAAAUGCUGUGGAAUUAAGGUCUCCGUCUCCCAACCCCACCCCUCUCUGUCGCUACGGCGCGUCCUGCGGGCGGUCGUUUGGCGUCUGCUACUGACGACUGGCAAUACAGUGGAUGUUCGGGUUGCGAACCUGAUCCGUGCAGGAUGCACAUUCACAACCCGUAGCGUUCGCAACCCGCGGGUUGCUAUUCGGCGCUUCUGCGCAACCGCUGAAACCCGGAAGCAACCCGUUCCGGUACUUCCGGGUUUUGGCGGUCCGCAACCCGAAAAAGCACAACCUGAAGCGUCUGUAACCCGAGGUAUGACUGUAGUUUCCUGUAGUUGCAUAGCUGUCAACCGUCCCUUAUUUGGCGGGAAACUCCCUUAUCCCAGCGCCGUGUCCCGCUGUUGUCCCGUAUGGAUGCUGUCCCUUAAAUUUCCCGGGUUUCAUGCUUGCCCGGCUCAGGAGGGAAGCAGCGGAUCGGGGUCCUCCGCCGUGAGAGAGAGCGCACGCUGGCGCCGUUGUCCUGGCGCAAGGAGUUCCAUCGGCCCUUCCCCGCCCAAGAGACUCUCGCCCGUGCCACCCGCGAGCUCGGAGGCGGCAGCGAUGGCGGCGGCUGAGGAGGCGGCCUGAGGGAGGAGGAAGAGGAGGGGAUGGGGAGGGACGCAGAAGGGCGGCGCUUCAGCGGCCGCCGUGGCGCCGCAACCGCCUCAUGCCGGAUUGACAGCAUCUGUCAAUCCUACCAGACGCACCUAGUUUUUGGAGUUUCCUUCUCCAGAAGAAAAAAAAUAUUCUGAAUCUCAGAAGCCAGAACAGCAAGAGGGAUAGCUGCGCAGCCUGCAUUCGCUCCAUAAGACGCGCACACAUUUCCCCUUACUUUUUAGGAGGGAAAAAGUCAGUCUUAUAGAGCAAAAAAUACGGUAACUCUUUACAACGGCAAAAUCCCUUAUUUGGGCUGCUGAUCCCUUAUUUUUGAGGCUGCUGGUCCCUUAUUUUCAAAUCUGUAAGUUGACAGAUAUGGAUGGACGGUGGAUGUACAGUGGUACCUCGGGUUACAUACGCUUCAGGUUACAGACUCCGCUAACCCAGAAAUAUUGCUUCGGGUUAAGAACUUUGCUUCAGGAUGAGAACAGAAAUUGCACACCAGCGGUGUGGCGGCAGCAGGAGGCCCCAUUAGCUAAAGUGGUGCUUCGGGUUAAGAACAGUUUCAGGUUAAGAACAGACCUCCGGAACGAAUUAAGUACUUAACCCAAGGUACCACUGUAUAUAUAAAGGGACAAGCUUUUUUUAUACUGGGAGUAGAUCGCAGACUCAUGAGAGUUAGACGCUCCUGCAAUAGGGGUUGUUGCCAUCCGACAUUAGCCAUUUGGUGAGUCGACCUGUUGAAACCCUGGCCGAUUGAUUUUCCAGUGGGUUUACUCGGAGCGAAAUGCACUCCGAUGGCAUUAACAACAACAACAACAAUAAUUUAUUAUUUAUACCCUGCCCAUCUGGCUGGGCUUCUCCAGCCACUCUGGGCGGCUUCCAACAAAAUAUUAAAAUGCAGUAAUGCAUCAAACGUUAAAAGCUUCCCUAAACAGGGCUGCCUUCAGAUGUCUCCUAAAAGUCAGAUAGUUGCUUAUUUCCUUGACAUCUGAUGGGAGGGCGUUCCACAGGGCAGGUGCCACCACCGAGAAGGCCCUCUGCCCGGUUCCCUGUAACCUCGCUUCUCGCAGGGAGGGAACCGCCAGAAGGCCCUCAGGAGAUGGACCCAGGUGUCCGGGCUGGACGAUGGAGGUGGAGAUGCUCCUUCAGGGAUACUGGGCCAUUUAGGGCUUUCAAGGUCAGCACCAACACUUUGAAUUGUGCUCAGAAACGUCCUGGGAGCCAACAUAGGUCUUUCAGGACCAGUGUUAUAUGGUCUCAGCGGCCGCUCCCAGUCCCCAGUCUAGCUGCCGCAUUCUGGAUUAGUUGCACACUUUGAACUGUGCUCAGAAACGUUCUGUUACAGAUGCUUUAGCUGAGAUUCCUGCAUUUCAGAGGGUUGGACUAGAUGAACGCUGGGGGUCCCUUUCCAACUUUAUGAUUCCACAAGGCUCUGGAGAGCCAGAGAUAAAUUGGGCUGGGCAGGCAAAAUAAGCCUGAUGUCGUGCAAUCACUUUCCUGAACUGGUGAGGAAUCCCGCCUCGUCCGGAGACCACAAUGUUCACAACCAUAUGGUCUAGAAAACUCUGCCAAUCCUGGGUGGUUGUGUGUUUUUUUGUAGCAAUAAAACAGCACAACCUUCUGUGCUCACAUGGAAUGGUGGUGUACACAUAUAGCCUUUUGAACUGCCCCCACUUAAAAAAAUAGUCAUAAUUAUUCUGCAAGGUCAAUUUUAUUUUUCCUUCCUUGCUGGAACCCGAAUUAUGCAAAAUUGACGGCCGUUCGCAUGCAUUUUAUUGGUGUCUUUUCAGAACGGAGGUCCUUUGUUUUAUUUUUAUGUGCAAGGGAUAUUAACGUCGAUUCAGGCAUGUGUAUAAGCGAGGGGCGAACCGGGAAAAGGAAGAUUAACUGGAGGGAAGCGCCUAGAAACUCCACCGGCUUCAAGGACAAUACCUGUUUUCUAAAUACGUCCGUCACGAGGACCAGAAACUUAGAUUAUUAUUUUUUUAAAAUAUGAAGCCUGUGGAAUCUGCAGCAGAUUUCACACCAAAACUUGGCUUGUGGAAGGUAAAAAAAUUAACAUUUUUUUAAUCUACAGCACUUAACGCGGUUCAGUUCACCUUGGUGCCUUCGGUUUUGAAGUCAGGUUGAAAACUUUUUUUCUGCCGCUAGACCUUGACCUUCAGUCGAAACGGCAGCCCUGCAAAUUUCUUGAUUCACAUGUCGACAACGAUACUUAUCAAAAGCUCGUUUGCAAGCUCAAAUUGUCACACGGAGGUCGAGAUCCAGUUUUAAUAAUUUUAGGAAGAUCUAGCUGCCGUCCCUGUCUUUGGGGAUUUUUGAUUGUGCCAGGAUCGCUAUCGCUGUAGCCUAUUUGCGUAGUGCUUGGGGCAGCAGAGGUCUUAUAUUAUGGGGUUGACGGUUGCCUAACCCAAUGAGGUCUAGCCACUUGAAAAGGCUUUCAAAGAUUGCAACUUCUCUUUCUCUCCCCUCCGUCUCCUCAGAGGCCUUAGGUGCCCAUUUCUUGCUGCUACAUAACUUUUUAAGGGACCAAGAAUUCUUCCUUUCAUAAGAAAAACCAAAACUCCUCUUUUUUAAAAAGAAAGAAAUUGAAAAUAAGUUUGUAAGCCUUUAUAUAAUGCUUAAAGGAUCUAUUUUUUUUGUUGUGAUACUGAGGGACCAAUAUGUUGUUUUUUAAAAAAUAUGUCCGCACAUCUUAAAUCUUUUAUAAGCAUUCCAUCAAUAGCCUUAAUUUCUAUGUAGGUAAUCUUAUGAUGAUACGAGUCACUAAAUUGUCUGUUUGCUAAUGGAUGUGAAAAAAGCCCACAGCCGAGGAACCCAUUAGAUUUCCCAAACUUUCCCAAAUUUGGGUCUCCAGCUCUCGUUGGACUACAACUCCCAUCACCCUAAGUUUAGCCGGAUCUGUGGUCAUGGACGAUGGGAAUUGUAGUCUUAAAAAACCAAACCCAAGUUUGGGGAAAGUAGAAAGCUAUAGUCCACUAAGAUGUUUCCUACUAACUCAUACUCUUGAGUAGACCUGUAUAUGAACGUCUCGUCGAUUUCUGUGGGUCUGCUCUCAGUAGGACUUUGGGGGGAUAGCUGCAGACUACGGAGCUACACAGAUCUCUAGAGGACUUACUCCAAAGACUUAAUAUCUGCAGAAUCUGAUCUGUGUCUCUUCAGAGACAAAGGCUGUUUCUGAUUCCAGAAGUGAGGGGGAACACUAGCCGCCUAUGAACAAAUAUCGCCCGUCCACAAUCUCCUGCAAUCAGUCUUUAAAUAAUAAUAAUGUUUAUUUUUCUUUAAAAAGCAUUUACUCAAGAAAAAUCACCAUUUUACCGUUCAAAUCGGGGAAAACCAAAUACAGUAAAUGGACAAAAGUACAAAGAUUCACAAAAUGUUUUUAGGGGCAUGCGUACUCCUGUGUACCCCCGGGGGGGGGGGAAAGCGCUGAUUUCAGCAAUAAUAAUAAAACCAGCCAUACAAAUCAGAAAUUUCUAACCCAGCGCAGAUCAGCUGGGAUGGAAAUAUUAGAAAUAAGUUUGUGAGGCUUAUUGGGGUCUUUUGCAACUCUGCCAUUCUGCGUACCCCCCAGGAAAAAAAGUCUGCCUGCAAUUCUUAUUUUGUCACAGAAGUCUCUUGGUUUGCGCUCACUGCAAUAGCAGGGGCGCUAGUCCUCAGGAACAUGUUUUUAGCAAGGAUGUUGGGGGUUCUUUUUGCUAUAAAAAGCCCCUUAUUCCAAGCAUGGGGAAUCUGAUGCCCUGGAUUCCCCAUUCUUGACAUUUGCCACAUCGGCUGCAGGGAGUUCUAGUUCACGGCGCCAGGUUUCUGAUGUAUUUAAAUUUGGGGUUGGCCUUUCCAGAUGGUUUCUGGACUUGCAGAUUCUCCCUUCCCUGCUUUUUAAACCUUGAGGCCAAUGCCAUUCUUGUGUGUGUCUUAAUUUUUUAAAAAAGGCUUAUCCACCCCCCCCCCCCAAAAAUGUGGCUCUUUCUUCAUUGCUAAACGUCUUCCCUUUUUUUAAACGGAAACUGGACAGUCUUCCCCCAUAACUGUACGGAUAAAAGCCGCCGCAAACUUUAGUUUCCUUGGUGGAGAGCGUUUUAUCCUGUGAAACGGAAGAGGGACAUAACUGGGACAAAAAAAUAAAUAAAUGUGAAACUGCAAUAUUUGAAUAUAAGCAAUAAAAUGCUUCAAAAGCAGAACAAA